AUGCAAACGUGUAAUACAAAUACAAAUUAUAGAGACACAUCUAAUAAUUUAUUAUUAAAUACACAAAAAAUUGAAAAAAAAGAAACAAAAUUUGGACAAAUAUUUGUAAUUGAUAUGAUAAAGAGUGUGAAUGAUAAAGCAAAUAAUAUGAAGGAAGAAAAGGUGUUUGAAACAAGCCCCAUUAUGCCAGUAGAAUCUAUUAAAAAUGGUAAUGAUGUAGAAGUAGAUAAUGGCGUGCCUAAAGUUAAGAUAAAUAAAGAACCCGUUAUUUUAAUAGACAAAGUCGAACGUUGUUUAGUAGUAGAAUGGUAUGAAAAUGAUAUAAGAAGAGAGCAAAGGAUAUCUUAUAAAAAAUAUGGUAAUGAUAAAGCUAAACUAAGGGCAAAGGAAUUAAUAGAAAAAUUAAAAUCAGGAAUUACAUUUGAACAAUUAUAUCCAGAUAAAGGGCCACCAAUUGUAAAACUUUAUGAAAAUAUAGGAGAUUAUAAAGUUUCAUUAAUUAGAGAUAGAAUAGAAAGGGAAUGGAGAGUUGAAUGGAUAGAUAAUGGCGAAAAUAUGAAAGCAAGGUGGUCAUGUAAAAAAGUUGGAAAUGAUGAAGCUCAAAAAAGAGCAGAUGCAUUUGCAAAAAGUAUGAUAAAAGGAAUAUUUAAUCCAAUAUUAUUACACAAAGCAACUGGGACAAGAUUUUCAAGAUCUGAUCAUACAGUUGUUAAAAUAAAUGUAUAUAUGAAAAAAAAUAUUAAAAGAAAAAAAAAAAACAAAUCAACUAUUGUGAAAAAUGAAAAAAAUACGACAAUUUCAACUGGGACCAGAGAAGGUUUAAGACGGCUCCGAAACAAUAACAACAUUGUCAGCAAUAAUAAUAAUAAUAAUAACAGUAAUAAUGAUAGUAAUAGUAAUAAUGAUAAUAAUAAUAGUAAUAACAGUAAUAAUAAUAAUAAUAACAGUAAUAAUGAUAGUAAUAGUAAUAAUGAUAAUAAUAAUAGUAAUAACAGUAAUAAUAAUAGUAAUAACAGUAAUAAUAAUAGUAAUAACAGUAAUAAUAAUAGUAAUAAUAGUAAUAAUAGUAAUAAUAAUAGUAAUAAUAGUAAUAAUAAUAGUAAUAAUAAUAGUAAUAAUAAUGAAUAUUCUAGAUCUGUUUUGAAAAAUAUAAAUGAGAGUGAAAAUACAUUGGAAACUAAAUUAAUUUCUAAUAAUAUAAACAAAACAUAUAAUACCGAAGAAAAUAAUGUAAAUAUUCAAAAAAUUAAAGGAAAUACUACAUAUUAUAUAAAUACAUGUGAAAUUAUUAAAGCUGAACAAGAUAAUUCCCCCAAAAAACGAGCAUAUACAUUUAGAGGAAAAGGUAGUAGAAGUACACGAUUAAGAAAAUUAUCUAAAACAAAUAAUAAGGCAUCAAUUAAUGGUAAUAAUGUAAAUAAAAAAGGAAGAGCAAAUAAUCAAUAUAAUGAUUCAAAUAGAAAUAGAUAUGCAAUUAAAAAUCAACAUGUUGUAAAUAGUGCAAACAAUUUAUAUAAUAUGUCUUUAGAAAAAAAUGGGAUUAUAUGGAAUAAUAACAACAAUGAAAUGAAUAAUAAUAUAAAAGAUAUUUAUUAUAAUAAUAUGCAAAACAUAUGCGAAAGAUAUCAAAUAAAUAAUAAUAUUCAUAAUGGUGUAAAAGUUGAUACUAUCGAUAAUAAUUUGGACAGAACAGAAUAUUCUGUACAUAUUCCAUAUUUAGAUAAUUAUAAUAAUAAUUAUAGUUUUUUAAAUUAUAAUAUUGAAAAUUAUAUUCAAAACAAUUUACAAAAUAAUCAAUAUAAUGUAAAAGAUGAUUUAAGAGAAUUAUAUCAUUAUGCAAAUUCAAAUAAUUUUAUAAAUUGUGAACUAGAAAUAAAUAACGGUUUAUAUACAAUUGGGAACAUGAAUAAAGAUAUGAAUUUGAUUUCUGAUUCUAAUUUACAAAAUAAAAAUUAUUAUCAUAUUAAUAAUAGUGAUGGAUGUUUAGUUAAUUAUAAUAAUAACAUAAUAAAUAAAAAUCAAAAAUUCGACGAUGGAAAUAUUAUAAUUGUUUCUACUGAAAAUUUUAAUUGUGAUAUUAUUCAAAAUGAUUGUAAAGAUAAUAAUGUUUUAAAUUCAGAAAUAUAUAGAAAACAUAUAUUGAAUGAUGAAGAAAUAAGUGAUGAGAAUAGAAUAAAUAAAUUGGAAACUUCAAAAAUAAAUAAUAUGAAAGGUUUAAAUUCCAAAAGAAAUGAAUUAACAUCUAAAGAAAGAAAUAAUGCAAUAAAUGUUAUAGAUAAAAAGGUUGAAAAGAAUGAUAACAUAAAUGAUGUUUCUAUUUUUCAAAAUGAAUUCGAAAACAAUUCUAGUUGUUCUAAAGGGGGGUUACUUACAAAUAAAAAAGCUAACCAAAAUGAAAAAAGUGAAAACAAUAAAAAUAUUUUAAAUGAAACUCCAUUUUAUUGCAUAUCACAUAAUGAAAACUUAAACAAAUUCGAAUAUAUUGUUAAUAAUGAUUAUGAUUUUUAUGAGACGGAUAAUGUUAAAAAAAAUGGUCAACGAAGAAGUACAAUUAGUAAUGGAUAUAAUGAAAAUAGUGAAAAAAAUGAUGAAUAUUUAAAAAAUAGUUUUUUUGACAAUAUAAAUAAAUCUAAAACAUCUAUUCAAAAAAGACGAACUAGAUAUUCAAGUUUAAGCAGGUUAAAUACAAAUGACCAUACAAUAUGUUCAAACGAAACCCUAAAUAAUAAUUAUGAUUAUUCAUUUAAUAAUGAAAUGAAUGAAAUUAAGGAUAUAAAUAAUUUCUAUAAAUAUGGGGGACAAGAAAAUUAUAUGAAUACAUACAUAAUUAAUAGUAAUGAUUCAAAUUUAAGAAUAGAUGAUAAAGAUGAAAAUAAAAAUGUUAGUGAAAAUAUUGAAGGAAAAAUAUAUCAUAGUUAUAAUGAUAUGUUAACUAUUGAUGAAAAAUUGAGAAUGAAUAAUAGAAAGAGUAUUAGUAAUAUAUAUAUAAAUGAUAAGGAUUAUAAAUAUGACAACAAUUUAAUAUGUUAUGAAAAUAUAGAAUUAAAAAAAUUGAUUCCUGAAAAUACUUCAAUCGAGUUUGUAGAAAAUCCAAGAGGAUAUAGAGUUCCAUAUAUUUAUCAAUAUAAAAUGUUUUAUGAAUAUUUUGAGAUCCCUUUAAAUGCAUCCCCCAAAUUGAAAAUCCAACAAAUAUAUAAUGCACUAUUAUUUUGUUUACAUAUAUUAUCAGUUGGAUGGAAUGUUAAUAAAAAUGAAUGUAUUGAAAAUUAUUUAAAUGCAUUGUCUAAUCCAUCUUUUAAAAAUAUAGUAAUGAAUAAUUAUAUGACAGAUUCCGUAAUUAAUAAUAUAUAUAAUGUCGGAUAUAAUUUACCUAAUUCUAAUUAUAAUAAAAUGGGAUCAAUUGAUGAUAUGAAUAGUAAUUUAUUUUCUUGUACAUCAUUGAAUAAUAUAAAUAUGUAUAAUCAGAAAUAUUUUACAAAUAAUUUAGAAAAUGUAAAUAUUGAAUCAGGCUUAACUACUAGUUCUGUAAUACCCGUUUCUACUAGUACAUCUAACAUAGAUGGAACAUAUUUAUUAAUAGACAAUGUAAAUGAUUCUGGAAUGGUAAGUAAUUCUAGUAGAAUAAAUAUAAAAGAUGAGACGUGUUUGAAUAAUACUGAUUUAUAUAAUAAUAUAAACAAUAAUACAGAUGCUCAUAAUUAUAGCAAAAACAAAAAAUUUGAAGAAAUUAAUAAUAUAGGAAAUGUAGUAAAUUUAAAUAAUAUAAAAGAUGCAAAAUCUAUUCCUGAUAUGGUGCAUUUAAGGGAUAUAAAUAAUUUAUACAAAAACACGAUUUUUUAUAAUAUAAAUAGUGAAGAAUGUGAAAUGAAUAAUAUAACUAAUAUUAAUUUGACUAACAAUUUAAACAAUCCAAUAUAUAUAAAUCAUAUUGAUAAUAAUAAUUUAGAAAAUAUGAAUAAUCAUAAAAUAAUUAUUUGUUCAAAUGAGUUAAAUAAUGUAACAAAUAAAAAUUAUAUUAAUAGUGUGAAAAGCACUGUUAAUUUAAACAAUAUAUAUCAAACUAGCAAUUUUAAUGAUAUAAAUUCUACUUCUAACACAGAAUACAAAUUAUUAAAUGGUCAAGAUUUAUCAAAAAUAGAUAACAUUAAUGGUGGUUAUAAUAUUAAUUAUAUGAAAGAUAAUUUAAAUAAUGUAAAUUUAAAUAACUUUAGCGUUGUAAACCAAAUAAAUAUGGUUAAUGCAAGUGACCAGCAUUUACAAAAUGGAAAUUAUGGUGUAGAUAUAAACAAAAGUUUUAAUUAUUUAAAUAAUGAUGAUAAAAAAAGUAUAAUUAUGAAUAAUGAUUUAGUAAUUAAUGAUGGGAAAAUAUGUUCUAAAGAAAACAUAUCAAAUUCAUAUUAUAAAACAAUGAACAAUAAUAAUUAUCAAUUAGAUGAAUUAGGAGGCAAUUGUUUCGUUGAUUCGUCUUUAUCUGCUUCUAAUAAAAAAGGAGACAUAUAUGAAACCAAAGAUUCAAUUAAUGAUAAAAAUGAUUCUAAAACAGAUGUAAAAGAAAACUUUGAUAAGGAAAAUGUAGAGAUAAUAAAUCGAAAUAAUAACUCUUUGAAAGAAUCGAACUGUUAUACUAUGAAAAAUUAUAAUGAUUCUAUGAUCGAUAUGAAUAGAAAUGAUUAUUAUUCAGAUUUGAGUAUCAAUGAGAAUAAUAAAAUAGAUGUGGGUUCAAAUUUAUCUAGAACCCAUGAAUCUAAAGAUAAUACAAUCGAAAAUAAGGAGUAUAAUGAUAAUAAUGUAAGUAAGGAUGAUAUAAACUUAGUAGAAGAAAGUAUUAACAAUAAUGUUGUCGCAAAAAAGAAUGAUUGUAUCAAUAAAAGUUUAAAUAUACAAGAAAAUAUAAUAUCAAUAAAUAAUCAAAGCUGUGUUUCUAACAUGAUGAAUAUGGUUUAUAAGGAAAAUGGAGAUAAUGUAAAUAAUAAGAAAGAAAGUUCUUUAAAACAUGUUUUGAAUAAUGAUAAUAUUAAUAUUGAAAAUGUUGAUAAAAGAUGUUCUUUUUCUAUGAAUUAUAAUUUACAAUCAUGUAUUAAUGAAAAUAAAACUGAGGAAAUCGAGAAUAAUUGUGAUACAAAUAUUAAGAAUGAAUUUAGUAGAAAAAAUAGUUUGAGUACAGAAUUUCAAAAUAAUAUAAUAAAUUGUAACAAUUUUGUAGAACAUGAUAUUAUAGAUAUUACAAAUUUGAUAAUUAAUAAUAAUAGUGAAAAUAUGAAUUAUAAAGAAAACCCUAAAUGUACAAAAAAUAGUAUUUAUAAUAAUAAAGAAUAUAAGAAUGUUGAAAAAGAAAAAAAAUUAGACGAUAAUAUUAUAAAUAGACAAACACAAUUUAAUAUUAGUAAUUCUUGUUAUAAUUUAAAUAUAAGGAAUAAUGAGAAUAAUCAAAAUAUUAUGAACAAUAAUAUUAGAUGUAAUGAUUUAGUAAAAAAUAAUAAUAUUAAUACUAUUAAUCAUAAUAUAGAUAAGUGUGAUGAAAUGACUUAUAAUGGAUAUAUAAAGGAUUCUAAAAAUAAUACAAAUGUAGGAUCUAUAUAUUUAUCAUCAAUAAAUUUAAUUAAUGAUUCUUAUAAUUAUGAUUUUUUUUCAAAUACAAAAAUUAUUGAUAAAUUAAAAUCUACUUCUAAUUCUAGUACUACAAAUACAGAAUAUUCCUCGAGUAAUAUUAUGAACUCAGAUAGUAUUAAUAAUGGUUGUAUAUCGAAUAAUAUAAAUCCCCAGAUUCAUAAUAUAUUGAAUAAAUAA